AUGCGCAGCGCGGAGCGGCGCAGCGCUCCCACCCUGCGCGCCGGGACCGGGAGGAGGAUGCGGAGGAUGGGACGUCCUCACACUUGCUCUCUCGCGCCCCCUCUACCCCCGAACCGAGUGGGGAGCGCGGCUUCUGCAGGGGAAGCUUGGGACUGCACUGCUUUUAGUGCCCAGCUUCAGGCCCCGCAGGGAAGCGGGAGGAAUCGUGCUACCCUGUGCUUUGGGGAUUUAUGGGCACGACAGUGGGGGCAGUGCGUGAGCAGAGGGCGGAGUAGAGGUAGCGGAUUUUGGUACCGUCCUAUGAAGGUGGGUGUGGGACACAGGGUGUGCACUGCCUUUAGACUUCGGCUGUGGGAGCCAGGGAGAAGCCACGGCCGGGGUGACUGA